CUGCUAUGUAUCUGUGCAGUUGACCCAUCCAUCAAUACAACAUUCCUCGACACCGCCCACGAUGGCGCCCGCAGCGCGAAGAUGUCUGACAUGCCUGUUCGAGUCAGCAUUGACCGUCAGUGCUCAACCUCGAGGGUCGCGUGCCAUCUCAAUGCUUCCCAAGAAAGAUUUCGUCAAACGAGCUCACAGGAGGCGGGCAGCGCUGUCAAAGCCUACGAGUCUGGCGGCGAAGGAUAUGGGACUGGCUGAGGAAAGGCAGGGCGAUGUGGAUGCAUUGGCCUCAAAUCUCAAACCAUACUCACCGCUCGAGCUUAAGCUUCUAAAAAUGAAAUACACAUCCAAACAAAUCGAUGCCAUUCGGGCUGGAGAGGAGAGUGUCGACACGGAAGACAUGGUUCGACAGGGUCGCUUCAGAACAGAUCCGAUGCGGAUAGACUACAUUGAUGAUUUUGCUACAUUACGACCUGGCGUCGAUCGCAUCCCAGAACAGGACGGCGCGACACGGAAACCUAAGCGCAAGGCGGCUGGCGGCGAAACGGCACCAGAAGCGAAGUCCGAGGCGUCCGCUGUGAACGAUCAACAGAUGCUCCGACUAUCACAACAGACCGGUCUUGAUAUCGAAGCCAUCCGGAAACUCCGGACCAAGAUGCUUGUUACACAUCGUGUCGUGAACCAAACACGUAUGGGAAAGAUUCAGAGCUUGUACUUCCUGACUAUUGCGGGUAAUGGCGAUGGUAUGUUAGGAAUUGGUGAGGGCAAGGCGGCGGAAGAUGAAGAUGGAAGGAGACAAGCGAUGAUGAACGCGAUUCGGAACAUGAAGCCUGUUCCACGAUAUGAAGGACGGACAAUCUUUGGCGAGAGCGAGGCGAAAAUUGGCGCGACGAUCGUCCAAUUGUCGACCAGACCACCUGGCUUUGGCAAUCGCUGCCAACAUUUGAUCUACGAACUAGCUCGAGCUGCGGGAAUAUCGGAUCUCGCUGCCCGCACACCUCGAUCACGCAACAAGAUGAAUGUUGUCAAGGCAGCAUUCGCAGCGCUGACGAACCAACGCUUGCCAGAGGACAUCGCCAAGGCGAGAGGCAGGAAGAUGAUAGACGUUCGCAGUGUGUAUUAUGGAGGUCUGGUGCAUUAGAAGCAAUGGGCAUUUUGUCCAUCUGAGCGAAUCCUUGUUUUUAAUCCUGCAAACAGCGGUUUCAUCGUAUGUACCUUUUGUAUCAACAAUUAUUGAUGGG